AUGGCGAGCAGAAUCAGCAACGAUGCCGAGAUUGAUGCCACGAUGGAUUCAAAGGACAUCAAGGUCCUCGACGAUGGAGUCAUGGCCGUAUCUCCAGGCGGAGAGACGCGACAGGUCUCAGCCAGUGUCGCCAUCGAUCCUGCUGCUGAGCGCCGACUUGUGAGGAAAUUCGACUUCCGCAUCCUUCCCACGCUUGCAGUCAUGUAUCUGUUCAACUCUCUGGACAAGUCGAACCUUGGAAACGCCAAAACGGCAGGGCUUGAGAAGACAUUGAAUCUCACCGGAGACGACUACAACCUGAUUCUAUCCAUCUUUUUCAUCCCAUACGUCCUCACGGCCCCUUUCCUGGGCAUCGCCGGCAAAAAAUAUGGACCGAGCAGAGUCCUGCCUAUCAUGAUGUUGGCCUUCGGCUUCUUCACACUGAUGGUUGUCGCGGUGCAGAACUUCGCCGGUCUCAUGACUUUGCGCUGGUUUCUCGGCAUGGCAGAAUCCGCCUUCUUCCCACUGGUCAUCUACUACCAAACGACCUUCUACCGACGAGGAGAGCUUGCCCGUCGACUGGCCAUUUUCUAUGCCGCUCAAUCCAUCGCAUCGGCGUUCGGAGGCCUACUGUCUUACGGCGUCUUCCAAAUCAAGUCCGGCAGCCUGGCAGAUUGGAGAUAUCUCUUCAUCAUCGAGGGAGCGUGUUCCAUGCUUUUCGCCAUCUUUGCAUUCUGGUACCUGCCAUAUGACGCCCAAAGCGCCAAGUUCUUGACGGCGGAAGAGAAACAGCUAGCAUUCUACCGCAUGCAAGUGGACUCGUCGUCGGUCGUUGGCGAAAAGUUCAAUCUGCGCUCGGCAAUGGCCAUCUUCAAGCAGCCAACCAGCUGGAUCAUCUUGGGCAUUGAGAUCUGUCUCGGCGUACCGUUGCAGUCGGUAUCACUGUUCCUACCCGUCAUCAUCAAACGACUGGGCUAUUCGACGGUCAAGACAAAUCUGUAUACUGUCGCCCCCAACGUCUCAGGCGCAGUGAUGCUGCUUAUCCUGUCCUUCGCUUCGGACUUGACCCGCCUGCGCUUCCCCUUCGUCGCGCUGGGGUUCGCCUUGACCUGUAUCGGCUUCAUCAUCUUCGCGACCGUCGACAUCGUGUCGCAGCUCAACGUGGCUUAUUUCGCCUGCUUCAUGAUGACCUGGGGAACCAGUGCUCCCAGUGUCAUCCUCGACGUGUGGUAUAACAACAACAUUGCCGACGAAAACAAACGCAUCAUGCUCACCAGUAUCGGCGUCCCGGUGGCGAACCUGAUGGGCGUGGUGUCCAGCAACAUCUUUCAGAGCAAAGAUGCGCCGAAAUACCUGCCGGCUUUGAUCACCACUGCGGUGUUUGGCGCGUGUGGCUGCUUUCUGACUUUGUUGUUGGGUGCGUGGAUGAUCGUGGACAACAGGAGGCGCGAUCGACGCGAUGGAAGGAAGAUCAGAGCCAUCGACAUUCCUUCCGAGUUGCUUGCUGAAGGGCCGAAUAGCCCUCAGUAUCGUUGGUUCUAUUGA